AUGGCCUGUGGCAACGUUCGGAACGGAACUAGACUUGGGAUCUGUGGCGUUUGUAAACCAGUUGAGUACGGACCUCAUACCCCGGAUGUGAACACUGCGACAAUCGAGUGCUCAAGAGGAACCGUUUCAAUACAAGCACCUGCGUUUGAAACCAUCAAUGUCUUGACUCUCCUCAGUGGUGUUGCUGCGGUUGAUAUUCAAGGAGGUGUGCAAACGAGUAGUAUGUUCAGCUUCAACGGAGUUUCGUACAAUCAGUCGACUGGUGGAGUUCUUCCUGCGAUAGAGGAGUACUCUGGAUCAUCAAACCCGCCGGGUCCUGACGUUGGCCUGGCGUUCUAUGGGGGACGAGUACCAGUUAACACCAGUUUUGACUGGGGAAACCUCGCAAGCGAUGCAGGCACUCAAGGCAUUGCGAAGAACUACACUGUCACACAGCAGGGUGUCACAGCAAAUGUUACAUGCCAGCCGAUUGACCGCAGUCAAAAUGAAUUUAAUUUAAACCCACACACGACGCAAGGACCGGAAAUCACGUUUUCACGUGGGAAGCCGUUGCGAAUUGUUCAGGAACUCCAGAUUCAAACUCACAGAUCUACUAUACCACUGGCAGCAUUUUUUAUGUCUGGCUUGUACAAGUACGACUUUCUGCCAACGACCGUUUGCGAGGUCGUUCCCUACCUGACCACAGUUAACGUCACUUAUAAUGGAGGUAUAAUAUCUGUCGAUCGGAUCGAUACAUCGACAAGCAGUCCGAAUUUUCCCUUAUCUCAAUACAUCGCAACUGUAAUGGCUUAUCAAUCGGGGACGAACCAAGGCUUGACCACGAAUACAAUUGGUGACUUUUUAACCGCGUACGGUACCAGCAAUGUAUCAGUCAUGUACAGUGAACUGGAAGAUUACUGGCGCGGUAUUACAGAGUUCGCCUCCACUCAACUUCGCUCCGGAUACUCUGCUUCGGGAGUUCCGUCGAAUAUGACAAGGUCGACAAGCGGCACGAUGUAUAUCAUGACGUACGGCUGGCGCAGCCAAGCCCACACAUAUAUCUUUCUGCUUGUGGAGAUCACCAUGAUCUGGAGCGUCACCAUUUUAGCCGCCGGGUACAGCCUCAUCCAAGAAAAAAUCCAUGCCUCCGAUCCAUCUUUCGACUUUUCUGAUCCCGUUGAUCUCAUCAUCGCGGCAUCUGUCGGAAGACUUCAAUCAGAGUUUUGCGAAGGUGAUGGGAACGACGUAGACAAUAGCGAGGACAUCACCGUUCGCUUUGAAGAUGUACCUGACAAAGUGGGAAGGAGAAUUGGCAAAAGACUGGUCACUGUCAUUCCAGAACCCCUACCAGAGACUGCUUGA